AUGGAUCAGCAGCAUGAGGAGAUGAUGGCCUACCUUCGCUCAGAAUACAACAUUGAAGAAAUUGCUAAUGAAGAUGAACCCCCACCAAAAAGUUCCAAAAGUAAAAAGGAAAAUGGACCAGAGAAAUCACCCAAUCUUGUCUUCAAAAUAACUAGCAAAGUUCCAUAUAAGACAGUUCUGAAAGCUCACAGUGCUGUUGUGUUAAAGGCUGAGAGCGCAGCGGAUAAGGCUGAGUGGUUAAACAAAUUGAGAAAUGUUAUUCAGCCUUCAGGUCAAGUGAAGGGUGAAUCUGGUCUUACCAUGCGGCAAAGUCUUUCUGAUGGUUCUCUUGAUACAAUGGCCAGAAGACCUACAGAUCCAGAAGAACAGCUCCGAUGGAUGUCUCAAGCAGUGCGUGGUUAUGUUCAAGCUGUUCUGAAUAGCCUUGCUGCCAAUGUCCCAAAAUUCGGUUUGUUUUCUUAA